CCUUAGAUUGAGUCAGUAGGUCGUGUCAAUCAGGGGGUAGAGUCUAAGUGGUGAGGAGUGGAACCGUUGUUCGGUUGUGCACCAGACACCAUGGUCGACACCCGUAGUGGGAAGACUACUGCCCCCUAUACCCAAGCUCAAGAGGAGCAAGCCGACGCUACACUGAGAGAGAGAAGGGAGAAAAAGGAGCUCCUCAAGCAAGCGAAGUUGAAGGCGAUAGCGGAGGAGCAGGCGGCGAAGAAGAAGAAGUUGGAAGAAGAGAUGAUAAGAUUACAGAAGGAGAAGAUGUUGAAGUUACAGCAGGAGGAGGAAGUGAAGAGGAAGGCUGCCGAAGAAGAAGCGGCAACAGAGGAGGAGGAAGUCGAAGAAGAACCCCUCGAAAGGAGACGCAGGGAAGAACGAGGGGAGAGCAGUGGCACGAAGGGAGAGGAUGCAUGGAUGGAGAAAAAGAUUAGCAAGUGGGUAGCUAAUUUAUCCCUGGGAGAGGAUGAGGAGGCACUGUUGUACGUGCCGCAGGAGGAGAGAGAACCGUUUGCCAGGGAAUUGGAAGCGAUGGAGGACCCCCUGGAACGCCAGACGGCAGAAGAUGAAGAAACAUUGGAGUUGAAGUUCAGUAUGAUGAGGGAGAACUAGAGAAGGAGGGAGGAAGCCAACCGGAUGGCUAGAGAGGUGGAGAGAGUGCGGGCGUGCAGACAAGAG